AAAACUGAUGCCUGUGCGUUGGAGCUGCAAAACUUAGAAAAUCAAGUAGCAAAACUGAGAGGCCAUGGGGAAAGAUUUCAGUUACCUAUCACCUUAAUCCAGGAAGCUUAUAAAUUAGAGGAUGUUUUGGAUGACAUGUGGGGCAUUCUGAAAACAAAGUAUGAGGAACUGAACUCUCCUUCCAUCAGUGAAAACCAGUAUGAGGACUUACUUCAUGGAUUUGCAGAGCUGGUAGCUAUUGGACGAGAGAAGAUUGCACAAGAUCCAAAGCAGCUAACAAAAAGCAGAGCAGCUCUACAGUCUCACCUAGAAAAUCACAAGGACUUUUUCCACAGCCUCAUGACCCACAUGGCUUGCAUGCAAGCAUUUUCUAAGAAAGUGACUCCCUCCAUCCUACAAAAGAGAGAGGAAUUCUGGAGAGAGCUGGUGAAUGAAGUCAAGCUGCUGGAACAGAAGGCCUGCCAAUAUGGUAUACACUUACAGAGCCUGUUAAAGGAAUGGAUGGAAUUUGAUGAUGAAUGCCUAGUUUUCAAUAAGGAGUUAGAGACACUUGCCUCUACAUUGCCUUCUGUGAAUUUGGUUGAAGAAACAGAAGAAAGAUUAAUGGAAAGGAUUGCACUUCUACAGCAAAUCAAAAGCAGUGUUGAUGAAAAGCAUGCCAGGCUGUACCAGAUGGUGAAAGAAGGGAAGAAAUUGCUGACUGCUGUGAGCUGUCCAGAAAUAAGAAGCCAGAUUGGGAAGCUGGAAGAGCAGUGGUUGUCUUUAACCAAAAAAGUUGGCCAUGAACUACACCGACUUCAGACAUUGCUCAAACUCUUGGUCAGCUACAACAGAGACUCAGAGGAAUUAAUGAAAUGGCUGGAUUCUGCUCAGCAGAGAAUGAAUUUUUGGAAGGAGCAGUCUCUCACCGUGUCACAAGAUCUUCCCACCAUUAGGGAUAACAUCAACAGCUUGUUUACAUUCUCUAAGGAAGUUGAUGAAAAAUCUUCCCUGAAGGCGUCAGUGGUGAGCACUGCCAACCAGCUAUUUCAUGUGAAGCAAGCUGACACUACAGCACUUAGGUCAUCUUUGGCAAAGUUUGAGCAAAAAUGGGGAGAACUGAUUACACAGCUCCCAGCCGUCCAAGAAAAGCUUCACCAGCUUCAGAUGGAAAAGCUUUCAUCACGGGAAGCUAUUGCUGAACUAAUGACCUGGCUGAACCAUGUGGAACAACAGCAGGAACAUGAGGAGCCAAUAAAUUCACAACGUAGUGCUGCCCAAGUCAGAAGCCUCCUUCAGAAGUACAAGGAAUACAUGAUGGAACUGAACUUUAAACAGUGGAUGGUAGAUUUUGUUAACCAGUCACUCUUGCAGAUGAGCACUUGUGAUGUGGAAAGCAAGCGGUAUGAAAGGACAGAAUUUGCCGAGUGUCUCGGGGAGAUGAACUUGCGGUGGCACAGGCUGCAGGCAUCUCUGAACAGAAAGAUACAAGACCUGCAACACAUUUUGGAGGAUAUUACUGAAAAUGAGAACAAAGCACAGACUUUACGCAACUGGCUGGAAGCUCAGAGUGAUCGACUGAGAUCUUUACAAACCCCAGCAAGUCUGAUCUCUGCGCAGAACACAUUAGAUGAUUGCAAGGAACUAGAAAAUCAACUCACAACUAAAUCCAGAACUCUUGAUGAACUCAAACAGAGUUUGGCUUUGAAUGGUAGUGCAGAACAAACCCCAGAAGCUCAGUCUCUCAGGAUAACUGAGCUGUGUGACAUGGUGGACAGCAUUGUAAGCCAGGUUGCACAGUUUAAGACCUCAAUGCAGUCAGUACUGGAGCAGUGGAGAGUAUAUGAUGAAGUUUAUGCAGAAGUCAGCUUGAUGACAACAAGAUAUUUGUACUGUAUAGAACAGUGCAAAUCUUCUGUGGUGACAUUGGAAGCUUUGGAAAACCAGGUCAAAACUCUCCAGUCACUUCAAGAUGAAUUGGAGAACAGUGAAGAAAGUUGUGCCAAGCUCCAGGCUGCUGCCAGAAACCUGAAGAAGAACUGCUCCCCGUCCUUUGCAGAGAUUAUUGAACAGAAGUGCACGGAAGCACACACUAGGUGGAACUCAGUAAAUGAAGACAUCACAGAUCAACUGCGGGCAGCGCAAGCAACCCUGCAGCUUUGGGAGCCCUACAAUACUUUAUGCACUGAGACAGCAGCCAAGUUGCAACAGCACAAAGAGCAGUGCACUCAGCUCUUGGAUGCUCACAUGCCUGAGGACAACAUAGAAACCCUGACGCAGAGGAUACGGGAUGUAAAGAAUUUACAGCAUGGCCUUCAAAACAUAGCAGGAUGCCGUACCCAGAUUUCUUUGCUGGCUGAUCGGAUAAAAAAACAGUCUGGGACAGAUGCAGAAGCCUUUCUGUUGGAGAAGCUGCAGCCACUCCAGAGAGCAUCCUAUUUGGAAAAGAUGUUGCAGAGGAAGUUAGAUGAAUUGGAGUUCAAUCUUUUACAACUGGAGGAUUUCAAGAACUGUGUUGAAACGCUGGAGGGUCAUGUCAAGAAUUGCACAGACGCCUUUGAUAGUCUCUGUCUAGAGGGAGACACAGACAAUUCGGAAUUGUUCAUGAAUCAUACACUUGAACUUGCUGCACUUUCUCCAAGCAUAGAGAGUUUGAAUGAAGCAAGCAUUAAGCUGCCAGUUAGUGACCUCACCCUGAAGAAAAUGCAGAGCCUGACGCGUCAGUGGAGUCAGAAGACAGCAACUGCUCUGGAAUGCUGCAGUGUGCUGGAGGGAACUCAAAAUGAUGAAAAGAAAUUCUUUCAGAAAUGUGAAAACUGGAUGAAAUUCCUAGAAAAAAUGAAAGAGGCCUUAAAAAGAAAUAUUCCAGGACGGUUUGAAGAACUGCAAGAGCAACAGAGAGUGUAUGAGAUGCUGCAAACUGAGAUUUCCAUAAAUCAGCAGACAUUUAAUUCUAUCAUAGCAAAAGUUCUAUUCUCCCUGGAAUCCGGAGAAGCAGAGAGAAGAACAGAGUUUAUUUCCAAGCUCACAUUGCUGAAAGAGCAGUGGCAGAAUGUUAUCCGGAUGGUUCAGCAGAGAAAGAACGAUAUUGAUGGACUCGUGAGCCAGUGGCAGCUGUUCAGGAGUUCCCUGCAGAGCCUCAGCAGACUUCUUGCUGAUACAAACAGCUUCCUCAUAGCUGUGAAGAGCCAGGACUGCUAUAGCCUUUACCAGCUUAGAAAUCUAAUUUGUGAUUUCAAGAGUAAGGCAGUGAUUCUUCAGAGGUGGCAAGCCAUGUACUCCUUAAUCAUCGAUGUUGGGGAGAAGUUGCGCACCGUCUCUGACCCCGAGACCAAUGCUGUUCUCCAGGAGGAGCUCAGCCAGUUACAGGAGAGUUGGGGGGCCACCCACGCCCAGCUGGAGAAGAAGAUGAUGCAGCUCAGCAGCACCCUACAGAGUUGGGACUGCUGUGAAAAGCACAUGAAGGAAUUAGAAAGUAGGCUGCGAGAACUGAAGGAGAAAGUAAGAGAUCUACUUGCAGUUGAACAUGAAGAGCUCUACAAAGCCAAGGAACAGAUUAAGCCCAGGCAGGGGAUUAACGAGCAGGUUUGGAAACCAGAGGAGCUUAGUGCCAAGGCUUGUGCCGGGUGCGUUUCCAUGCAGGAGCUGGAGCAGUCGCUGGCAGACUGGGCCCACAACAUGAAGGAGCUGCAGGCCAUGAAGGUGGAGCUGGCUCACUGCAUCCUCACCGAGGACAUGAUGGUGCUCAAGGAGCAAAUUGAACAUUUGCACAGGCAGUGGGAAGAGCUCUGCUUGCGAGUGUCUCUGCGUAAGCAGGAGAUCGAGGACAGGCUCAAUGCCUGGAUUGUGUUCAAUGAAAAGAAUAAGGAGCUGUGCUCCUGGCUGGUACAAAUGGAAAGCAAAGUAUUGCAGACUGCAGAUGUUACCAUUGAAGACAUGAUAGACAAAUUGCAGAAGGAUUGCAUGGAAGAAAUAAACCUGUUCAGUGAAAAUAAGCUUCAUUUGAAACAAAUGGGUGACCAGCUAAUCAAGGCUAGCAACAAGAGCCGGGUUGCAGAAAUAGAUGAUAAACUCAACAAAAUCAAUGAUCGCUGGCAGCAUCUCUUUGAUGUCAUUGGAGCACG